CUUCGACGACGACGACAUCGACGCCCCAUUCCGCCCGCCAUGGCCGCCCACGACGCCACCUUCCACCCCCGCGAUGCCCUCGCAAACACCAUGAGCACCAUGAUCCAGACAACCGCCGUCGGCGCCGUGGUCGCCGGAGUCCAGAACACUCUUCGCAAGCAGAAUGUCGGCGCCAUGGGUAUCCUCACCCGCUCGGGCGGCAUCAUUGCCCUGUACGCCGGUGUCGGGGCCACCUACCAAUUCACCCUCGACGCGACCAGCAACCUGCGACGCAAGGACGACUGCUACAGCGAGGCCGUCGCUGGUUUCGCCGCUGGAUGUGCCCUCGGUGUUGCCAGGCGAAGUCUUCCCUUCAUGCUCGGUGCCGGAGCCGCAUUCUCCACCGCCCUCACCGCGUUCCGAUACACCAACGGCCUGCGAGGCGUCGGGGACAUUAGGGAGCAGGUCGAUGACGACGGCGAGGUUGAGCGCCGGGAGGAGCUGAAGAAGUUGCGCAGGCGGCCACUGUCCGAGACACUGGAGCAGCUGGGCGAGGGACGAGGAAUCUAUGGCCCCGGCUGGGAGGAGCGGAGGAGGCAGCGAUUGCUAGAAAAGUACGGCAUUGACGUCAAGGCAGCCCAGGCGUAGGCUUAGAAACACCAUCUUUUCUUUGAGUUUACAGGUUCAAAAUACCCGAUUGCCAAGACUCGGGCUGCGUCUGGUUUGUGUACAUACUACGUUGGCAAUUGAGGCAUUGUCGAACUAUCCGACUU